AUGAAUCUGAAGCACUUGCUUUCUCGCAAUGCUUGUGGUGACAGUUCUUUGCUUGAUCUUCUCCGCUGCCCAGGCCCAAACUUCUCCUCCAGUAGCGGCCUUCAUCGGCAUUACCCAGCCUCCCUGCGGUCCAAAUCCCUGGUGGAACCCCUGGUGGAAUCCUCUUCCUCCUUGCAAUGCGCCUACAAACAGGGACAUGCAGUUCAAUCUCUAAUGCUCUAUACUCACUCUGGAAUUUACAAUACGACCAAACAACACUGGCUAUGCUCUCAGGAUAGCAAUCAAGAGGUAAGUAAAACGUGUCUCUAA